GCCGUCAGCCGGGUGAUGGACAGGGGGAACUACGCGUACCAUUCGGAGCUACAGUGCCCGAUGGACGUGCCGUAACUGUCUGUACACCCGGAAGUGCGACUACACUCUCCCCGUGAGGGCGGCCGGAAACAGGUCCUUCGGCAAGGUCAUGUCUCUGCCGAAGGCUCCUGGCGAAUGGUAGUCGGGCGAAGAGAAGACAACUCUGGAAGAUUACCCCAAUCCAAGACGGAACAGACAGCGUCGAGGGAUGUGUGGCCGAGGGGGAACUCGGUCUCUAGCUGGCGGACUCUGCGCACCUGUCCACCCGCAGUUUCAACUCGGACUUCUUGCGGCACCUCGGGCUCUGCCGUGGGCGACCUCCUUUCCCGUGCACUCGUGGGAACCAAAUGAAUAGUUUAGAAGUAAAUGAGUCUGAUGCUGCUCCAGAAGCAUCACCCAACCGAAAUCCUUCAGUGGAUUCGGGUCCUGGCUUUGUCAGGCUGAAAACCAGGCAAAAGAAGCUGCUGCGAAAGGCUCUUCAUGGAGGGCUGACCAGAGAAAAGGCUCUGGAGGUGGUGCAAGCUCUUCCCAUAGUCAAGGGACUCCUACCCGAUCCUUAUGAAAACCAAACCGCCAAUCCGUACCCCUCGGGUUUAGUUGAGUGCGUGAGAAUCGGCUUAGCUGCGGAGUCUGCUGGGACUUCCCUGACCAGCGAGCAAAUGACCAUGAUCAAGGAGGCCAUUAUCGACGUCACCGUGGAGAAAUCUGGCAGUCAGAAGCCCCAGUUCGAGGGAUGUGUGGCUCGAAGAGGAUGGCUCCUUGUGACUUGUUCCAACUCCUCCACCUCAGAAUGGUUCAAACAAAAUUUUUGCCACAUCCAGUCGAAAGUAACCACUAAGCUGAAGCUAAUGGAUGAGUCUGAACUGCCAAGGAGGAAUGUCGUUCUCGGAUAUUUUCCAGAUAGUCUAACCACCAGCAGCCAGAAGGUCUUGGAAAUCAUUCAGGCCCAGAACCCAGUCUCAACGGCGGAAUGGAGGGUUAUGAACAGGUUGACCCACGGUGAGCUACUGCAUCUUUCCAUGGCAGUUGACAAUGAAUCGCACAAGAAACUGAUCGAACUGAAUGGAACGAUAUCCUUUCGAUUCGGGCGUGUAAAACUUUGUUUGAAAAACUCCCUCGAUAGGAAAUCCGUACUAAAUGGUAGAAAAGAAACGUCACCAAAUAGAAAAUCCCUGGACAAGGCUGCUGUAAGUCGGGAAAUUGUGCCUGCUCCGCAGGAACCAGUGAUCACAAAUGAUAGUCCGUGGAACCAAUCCCAUAAUCCUUGGCUCAGUCAUAGUAAUCCUAUGAUGCAGUGGAAUCAACAACAGAUGCUCAGGUAUGAUCCUUAUAGUCCAAGGGAACUUCCGCCGAACUUUUUGCAUGCCAGCUAUUCGGGAUUGGGCUAUGGGAAUGAAGGAGACAGGAGGCUGAGACCACGAACUUGGCCAGGAAACUGCUGAUGAGAAAAGGGUUCCAAUACCAGAGGAAGUAAGUUGCUACUGUAGGUGUAGCCUAGCAUACUAGAUUUAAAAUGCUAACAUGCUUUUCUUGUUGCAAAAGAUGGCAUGAUUUUCAGACUAACAAGGAAUAUUUUCAGGAUAUAUCAAUUGACGAAACAUCAAACUUAAGGAAUUACAGCGACUUGUCCUUCAUUUUCAGCACCUUAUCUUGAGGUAUUUAGAGUUUUUGAUAAGUAGACAUUUAUACAGGACUCGCCCAACUGCAAAGAUAACUCUUUUUAACCCAUAACACCAGAUCUCACAAUGAUUCUGCUUACAGCAUUCGAAACAAUAUGAUACAGUAACACUGGUUACACUUAAAGAACCUGGCUUAGAUGAUACUAAAAACACAAUGAUACCGUAACACUGGUUACACUUAAAGGAUUUCGAUGACCUUCCUUCAAGUUCAAACGGGCUUCACGAAAGGGAUCUCAAAACUCAGAAUUCUGAAUUCCUUUAUUCUUUGGCAAAACAUGUGGUUUUGAAACCAAUGCAUCAUAUUUCAUUAGGGUUUCUAUUGAAGGAACGACAUUCUUUACAAUCAAUAUCUCUCUUCAGAGUUUCGCAUAUCAUUACAUCUUCCGAAAAUGUGCAUUUUAUCAGUAAAAUGUGCUUUCAGCUUUCAAAAGAAGUCCUUUGCGAACCAUAACUUCAUCUCGAGCGUUGAAGUAUUAGCUUUUCCGCGCACGCUCCUCUCGCUAAUUAAAUCUAAUGCAACCUGUAAUAAAUUCGCUUGUCGCGCUUUUCCGGUCGUGCGAAUCAACCCUUUUUCGCGCGUUGUGUGUAUGCAAAUUCUGGCGGCAAAUUGCCCUGGCGCCAUUGAGCCUUAUCAUCUAUGGCAUCCUGAGUCCUGUAGCCUGAGUGCCGUACCUGCCGGAGUCACCCUCGUAGAUCCUCGGAUUCCCUCGCGAUUUGGCGUACAAAGUAAUUUUCUGGCAGCCACGCGAUUCAAUUUUCGGCAAAAUAUUCGGCAUAAUAGUAAAGUUUUAUGCGAAUUCCGCUGGCAGAACAUCCGUUUCCGGCUGAAAAAAAAAGAGAAAGGGUUUCGGUCACAUUGAACUCCACCCCUCACUUCAGAUUGACAAUCAGCAUGCGGUCUCAUAUCCGCUGGAUGGCAAACAAAACCGGGGAAAACUUUCACUUAGGCGAAUAUUGCGAAACUAUUGGGCUGCACAACCCGUUGACACAAAUCGCACUAAAUCAAAAAUUAUGCUUUGCACAAAUAAAGCGAAAGGACGCCGGCGAGGACGAGGUUGCCACGCAGGAAAUCGCUACACCCUGUGGCCAUAAAUCUCAUCUAGUCAAAUAUUGAAUUACGCCGGAUGAAGAGGCAGGGGAUGCGAAGGGCAGGGAAAGGGUUCUCCGGCGAUUCGCAGAUCCACUUUAGUGGGUCAGAAGGAUGUGGCACAUCCCUGCAGAUUCGCUAUAUUCUCAUUCCCUAUAUAUGGUGUGUGACAUUUUUCCGGCACAUCGCUUUGUCCUGUUUAUUUAAUAAAAAUUGAAGUUAUGAGUGCUCAAGGGUCGUUUAUGCGUCGAUAAUGAAUAGUUAUGGCUGUUUGAAGGGUUCAGAUUCAUAAUGCUUUGUUUGGGUCGCUUAUGAUGCAAUUUAUUCAUGUUUAUGUAGUUAUUGGGUGUUGGGGUGACAAUGGGUUAAGGGAUUUUCCUUCUUUAUAUUCCGAUUUAUUGAUAAAAAACCAAUAAAAACACGCCCGUUGCCAACAAAACAACAACACAGACAUAGGUGAGUGAAACGUACAUUUUCAAAACUACAUGUUUAAUCAAUUUCAGGUGGUUUCAAAAAUACAAACACCUACAGAAAUACUGCAAUACUGCGAUACAUUUUCAGUUUGCCUGCUUACCCUAAAAACUCUCAAUAAAACAUGAAUAUACAACCAACCAAACAAAUGUUUUAAUUUCUUAUUGUUUUCGCUCAGCUAAAUUGUAUAUUUUCUUCGACAUCAAUACAGAUAAAAUACGACUCAAAGUAAAUAAUAGCAACGCCGAUUCAGCUGUUUUGGGUUUUUUUAGAGCUCCCGGGGGUUCACCUUUCGAUUCAACGACAAGCUCUUCUUCGGUAAAAACCAAGCUGAUAAGGGAGAUUAUGAUGUCAUUAGCAGUUGAAUCGGAAAUAUUUAAUCAAGAGGCAUCCCCGCCACAGCUUCAGUGUUAAUUCAACGCUCAGCUCAGAAACAAAAUCGCCGGAUUAUAUUACUAUCACAAUGAUAUACUUUAAAUUCUGCUGGCUUCUAGUCGCCGUUCUACUCUUCAUUUCCUCGCAAAAUGUCUGCGCAGCUCCAAAACGAAGAGGAAAACCGAAAAUUAAGUUUCCUAAAAUCAACAUAAAUAUCCAUCAUAACAAUAUUAAGAUCGGCUAAAAUUUGGAUUUGUGUAAUUGCAUCUUAGCGUAUUUGUUGUUGAAUAAAAUUACAUUAUCGUAGUUAUAUGUUUCGCCAUUGUAUGGUUGCAUUAAAAAAUAACCUAUUAAACUUACUUAAAACAUAUUUAUACAUACCACUAUACACAUUUUGGUUGUUAUAAGAACGAUUUGAGACCUAUGUAGAUUUUUUGUUAUUCUAUGUUAAAAAUAAAAACAAUUUACAAUAUGUCUCGCUUCC